AUUUAUCAAGCACCUAAUAUUUUUAUCAAGUGACCGGUCUGCCAAGAAACCGCUGGGGUACACCGGUCUCAGCGGUUUACUCUGGAUUUCCAACCCAGACCGCGGUCUGGGUUGGAAAUCUGUCAAACCGGCGGUCUGAGACUACCGAUUCCCCAUGGCGCACACUAGAUAUACGCGCAUAAUCACCGGCGAACAGAAAAAUCUUCGCUGUGGCUUUAUCCCGUAAUUUAACUCUCCCUCCGGGAUAGUUGGAUCAGAAAACCAACCUCACAACCACUGACAGCAACUGUAGCUAGGAAUGCUCAUACCCUCUUAGCAGUCAUGUCGACAACAACCAGCAUCCGCAAGCGCGCGAGGAAAACAUGUAUCCCUUGCCAUCAGCGCAAGCUGAAAUGCGACGCCGAGUACCCCUGUGGCAUGUGCGCAACCUACGAAUACAACUGCAGGUAUGCCGAUGACACCACUGGCACUACGAGCGACGGCGUACAUGCUGCGCCCCGUAAGCGCCGCAGCUUCUUCAGCGGAUAUAGGAUGAUGGGCCCGGACGUCGACGACACCACUGACACUCCGGGCGGCGACGUACAUUCUUCGCCGCCCCGAGACAUGCGCGCCUGCCUCCUCGGCGGAAUUAGGAUGAUGGGCCGGGCCGCCGCCUCCACAUCGCCGAGUCCCGCCAAGCCGGCUCAUGUAGAGCGAGGACACCGCGAAGCCGACGGGAUGAGUCCGGCCGGCGCGUCUGCGGCCUCCACUACGCCUGCCAGCAUAUUCGACGAGCACAAGUCCAGAUACGCCGGGGCAUCGGCCGCCAUGGCAUUCCCGCAUGUCCUAGGCGUGGCUCUAGGCUCCGACAGCCCUCCUAAGAUGCGCUCGUUCGCCUACAACUUUAGCAUCCGCCCCGAAGAGGCUUCUAACCCUCAUGGCUUGCUAGGUGAUCUCAUCUCGGAGUACGACCUUGGCACAUUCUCGGGCAUUUUUUACUCGGCAAUUGCCCCUAUUGCCGACUACAUGGACGCGAGAAUCUAUGCCUAGCGAUGUCGGGAUUACUACUGGGGGUCCGGCAGCACCGCGAUCGCCUUUACCACCGUGGCCGCUAGCGUCGCCGCCCUUAGGUGGUUCCUAUCCCCCGACAGACACCCACGAGAGUCUGACCUAGUGCAGUACGCCAAAGCCAUUCUUGAUGAUCUGGCCUCCAUGCGCGUGCUGGGCGUCGACCACGUCAUCGCAUAGGCCAUGCGAACGUUUUACCUACGCGCCACGACCCGUCCCAACAAUGCCUAGAUUGCGUCUUGCACCGUCAUGCACCUCUGCGAAGCGGUAGGGCUGCACGAGGAAGAAACCAUCAGGAAGAUGGCGUCUGUUGCCGGCGCUGCUGUCGCAGGACAUGAUGCGGACCGGCUGAGGCGGAUUUUCUAGAUCUCGUGGGCUAGGCAUAACUUGCUGUCGUAUGAGUUUAAUCGCUCGUCUAUACAAUUUCGGGCCGUAAGUUGUCGGGAUAUCAUCCUAGUAUUAGGGUCCGUUGCCGACUAGUUUGCGCAAAUAGCCUAGAUCAUCCUAGCGCCCAACUCGCCGUUCCAUCUCGAAUGCCAGCCUCCAACUCCGAGGGAGGAGCUAUUCGAGCGUCUUAAAGCCUUAGAUAAGCUCCAAGUCGUCCAUCCGUUCCUUAGUGACUAAGGCGGACCUCGCGUUUUGCUCCUAUCGACGGAUUUACCAGCUUAAGAUGGACAUAUCAGACGAGAUAUUUAACCUCGUUAUUAAAAGCGAUAAGGCCGCAGUUCAGGCGGCCGAGCAGCUAGUCAGCAAGGGCCAUUUGUUCUAGAAUGUCAUCAGUAGCGUCUUCCACUAUACCUGCGUCUUGUUGGCGAUCGACACACCUGCCUCCUCCGUCCACAUCGCCGCUGCAUUUAGGGGCUUAGAGAAUCUCGUCCAAGCCGCCGAUACAGGGCUGAACCGUGAGGCAUUGUUGAUUACGCAGCAUCUACUCGGUCUUAACGUAGUAAGGAAGCGAAAGGAGCUUGCCCAGCUGGAAGCUGUCGACGGGAGCUUUCAAUCCUUCUAGGCGCACUAGGAAUCCGAGACCAACACUGCCCUGCCAAAUUUGGACUAGGGGUUGGGCUAGGACCAGUUCCUCUUCGAGCCGUAUAUAUCGAUGCUCGGUCCUAACGUCUAGUUAUAGCGACAUGGGGUUCGUUGGACAUUGACUGGCUCCGCUUAACAGUGAUUCAGCAUAAAACUGAUCAAAACAUGGUUGUAGCAUUCUAGGAUAUUCUAACGAAGCUUUGCGUUUAGCUUGUUUCUUGUGCUAAUUGCUAGACGCCUUGGACCGAGUACGCUCUACGAAGUGGAGGUUUAGAGCUCAGUAGUGAGAUGAGUUGAGUGAGAAGUUAGAACACGUGCCACGCCAUUUAUAUAAGCAUGUGCAAGUACCAUUCACUAGAAAGCCU